ACGUGCUCCCGGGCAGAGCCGGUGCGGGUCCGGCGGGCAGCGGCUGCAGGGCCCGGCCCGGGCACCGGCCCCCCCCGCGGCAGGAGCCUCCGCCAUGGGCAGCUGCGUGGGGCGGCCGCGCGGGGAGCGCCCGCCGGCCCCGCGCCACCCCCGCAAGCGAGCAGGCCGCAAUGAGCCCCUGCGGAAGGAGCGGCCCAAGUGGAAGAGCGACUACCCCAUGACGGACGGCCAGCUGCGCAGCAAGCGGGACGAGUUCUGGGACACGGCGCCCGCCUUCGAGGGCCGCAAGGAGAUCUGGGAUGCCCUGAAGGCAGCUGCCUACGCCGUGGAGGCCAACGACCAUGGGCUGGCCCAGGCCAUCCUGGAUGGUGCCAGCAUCACCCUGCCCCAUGGGUCCCUAACUGAGUGCUACGAUGAGCUGGGGAACCGCUACCAGCUACCCGUGUACUGCCUGGCGCCACCUGCCAACCUCAUACUGGAGCGGGGCAGCGACGAGAGCACGGAGCCCCCGGAGCCUGCAGCCAGCCCCCGGCGCGAGUUCCCGCUCAAGGUGCGGCUCUCCACUGGCAAGGACCUGCGGCUGAGCGCCAGCGUGGCCGACACCGUGGGGCAGCUGAAGAAGCAGCUGCAGGCCCAGGAGGGCAUUGAGCCGGGCUGGCAGCGCUGGUUCUUCUCCGGCAAGCUGCUGACGGACCGCACGCGGCUGCAUGAAGCCAAGAUCCAGAAGGACUUUGUCAUCCAGGUGAUCGUGAACCAGCCGCUGGUGCCCAGGAACUGAGCCGGGCCGGCUGACGGGCGCAGGGGCUGCUGGGCCCCAGGGAAAGCCAGCGGGGCCCUCGGCGCCGGCGAACUGAGUCUCCACCCCAGAGGUGACAGCACUUGGAGCGUCGCCUGCCGGGCACAGCUGGGCACGCAGCCCUGGGCAGAGCCGCACGGCGGGGCUUACGCUCGCCUCUGCGUCGAUCCUCCCCGCCCCUUCGUGCCUGCCUCUGCCCCCCGUGCCCCGCUGCAGCCGCGGGCUGGGGGCUUGCUGGCAUCAGAACACAGCUGCCCCGUCAAAGCCCUUUCCCUGGAGGUCAGUCUCAGGAAGGGCUGCCAGGGUGGGCACGGCGCCUUGGGGUGUGUGGGGCCUGUCUCACCCCAUCGGCACUUGGACACUGUCAUAAAAUGGUUUAGAGGUUUGAGACCAAACCACUUCCUGUGGGAGCCACGUUCCCAGGGACCCUGCAGUGCCCACGGCGCCUGGCACCUCAGGCUGCCCUCCUGAGCCUGGCUCCUGUGGUGAACCAGCCUGGGCACUCUGCCCUGCCGCCUGUCGCCUGGCACCUCCCAGCCGGGCAGGGGGCAGCUCUCCCGGUGUCUAUGGGUCUCCAUAUUUAUCAAUAAAGCCUUUUUAGCUUCCCCCGGC